GUUCAGACGCGCCUUGCUCACAAUUCCGAGUCCACCUCUUCCAAGUUGACCAUGUCCAUCACCGGUGUCAACGACAAUCAGGCGUCUGGGUCAGGCGAAGUAGAGAGUCAUAGGAUAGAUGCAGAUGACGAUGUGGCCAUGAAACCGGAAAGACCUGCCUCCCCUCCGCCAAUACCUGGUCCCUCCAAAACAUCCUCCUCCGACGGGACACCAGCCUACAAAACACGGUUCAUGCUGAGCGGACACAGCCGGUCCAUAUCCUCCAUCAAGUUCAGUGCGGACGGCGGAAUGCUUGCCACAGCGGCCGCGGAUAAGACUGUCAAGCUAUGGAGCACGGAGACGGGGGAGAUCCUCAAAACUCUCGAAGGGCACACAGAGGGUAUAUCUGAUGUUGCUUGGUCACCAGACGGCGAGUACCUUGCGUCUGCAUCGGACGACAAGACCAUACGGAUAUGGAGUCUCGAGAUGAUGGAGACUGUGGUUGUUCUUCAAGGUCACACGAACUUUGUAUUUUGCAUCAACUUCAGUCCGAAGUCAAACCUGCUGGUCUCAGGCGGUUUUGACGAGACAGUGCGCAUAUGGGACGUAGCCAGAGGACGAACACUCAAGACAUUACCUGCACAUUCUGAUCCUGUGACGGCGGUCACUUUUAACCAUGACGGCACGCUCAUUGCAUCUUGCGCGAUGGACGGUCUCAUUCGUAUAUGGGACGCGGAGUCAGGGCAGUGUCUAAAGACUCUGGCAGACGAUGACAACCCUAUAUGCUCUCACAUCAAGUUCACGCCAAACUCACGAUUCAUUUUGGCUUCGACCCAAGACUCUACGAUACGGCUGUGGAACACACAAACCUCACGGUGUGUGAAGACAUACACUGGCCACACGAAUCGGACGUAUUGCUUGUUCGCCGACUUCGCACCUGGAGCAAAGCAUAUCGUGAGCGGAAGCGAAGAUACAAGGAUCUAUGUCUGGGACCUCCAGACCCGCAAGAUAGUUCAAGUGCUGGAAGGCCAUAGGGAUGCAGUGAUUGCUGUAGCGUCACAUCCCACCAGACGAAUGCUUGCUUCGGCAUCGAUGGAGAAGGAUAUGACGAUUCGGCUGUGGGUAGAUGCAAACUCUCCGCCAUGACAUGGUGCACACAGAACUCGCGCACCAAUCUCGCACUCUGGCUAGUGACAGUUCUGUUGGUUACGUUGUGAUGAUUGAAUCAGCUGUUGUUCGCCUUGCGUUCACGAUCACUUCUCAAAGUGGGAGCUGUACUUGAAUAUGUCGGGCUAUGCCACUUCAUUGCAGUCUCGUGGGAGUGAUGACACGAGCGUACUUGUACUGUCCUCUCAACACUGCCUUUCACCAAUCCUGGUGGUCAUGCAACCGAUUGAGCGGGUCAAUGUGCAUGAACGAGUACACUAACUAGCAUAAUAUAAACUACGGGCGUGACUUUGCCCCACUAAGUACCAUAGCCUAUGAUCGAUGUAGCGUACAAGCAGUGUAAUAUACUCGAGUACGUAUUUCGGUCCACAUUGAACCCUAGCACAGUGUGGACGGCUUAUUCAUUGGAGGCUGUACGCACAGAUUCGAGCGGUUGCCAC